AUGAUCAGGCAAGCCUCGACCGAGAUCGCUGACACCGAGGUCAUCCAGAACAAGCUAGUCCAGAACGUGUGGCGCGCGAAUAUCAACCCCAAGCUGAAACAGUCCGUCCCGGAGGAGCCGGUCCGCAUGGGGCUCCAGGCGAUCGCCUGGGUUCUCAUGCUGGUCUUCUUCCUGGUGGUGUUCAUCUACAGCUACCUUCACCAGCGUUGCACUACCUUCAAGAGCCUUCUCAGUGCAGAAGACGCGAUCUCCAACAACGACGGGUACACCUGCCAGGCCGUCGAAGUCCCUCAGGUGUUCAACGGCCAGCCGUACUACGACAACGCGUACUGGUGGGGCUUCGGUGUCGUGUCUGCAUGGGGGACUUUCCGUGGGUCGAACUGGACCGCGUACUGCGGGGAUUUGAUGACAGAAGUCCGGGGGGUUGUGAACUUUGACGACCAAAUUGACUCGACCACCUGGACGUACAGCUUCACGAACACAACAGAUGGCAAUUCAGAAUGCGAUUACACAACAGGCUACUAUCCGGGGCUGAAUUCCCUUCCCAACGCCCCUGGCGGCGUUCUGGGAUGCAGCUACCCCAACCCUUUUUCUGCUUGCGAGAUGGAUGACGAGGAAGUAGAUGGAGCUGACAUAGUGGGCGCGUUUUAGACCACCCCUAGCGUAGACAUGAAUGGCACGUUCUGCCCUGAUUUUAUCUUGUGGCACCCUUUGACGGCGGACAAGUCGCCGCUAGAUUAUCCUGAUAAUGUUAAGGAUGUUGAAGAAUAUACUUCGAGUCUCUGUGAGGUGUGGGGUCAAGACGUGGGCAUUGUUUCCAAGGCGGUGCAGAAGUGCGAGAAAGAGGAGUGUAGGGAGUGGUACGCGAUCCUAUCAAACGCGAUCUCCCUCGCGCUGGGCAUUGAGUUGGCGGUCGUGCUUGUCAUCGUCUUGUCCUUCAAGGUUAGCGAAUACUACGAGGAAGCAGGACAGGCGGUCUACGAUGCCGGCAAGACUGUCAAAUCAGCGCUGGCUUGAUAUUGGCAUGUAUGAAUGCUGCCCCAAGGGCCCCAUGUAGUUCCAUUUUUUUUGGGGUGCUUGUUGAUGUGUGCCAUGUCUCUCCAAGUUUUACCUGUCCCUUUGCACCACCCAUGGUGAAGGGACCAUGGUGAAGGGUUUCUUCCUUGCACUAGGUCCGGUAGGUCCACGGCCGGUCGCGUCGUUGGGAAUAUCCUUGGGGUGAAUCUUUUAUGGUGCGAAGAGCCAGUUCGUUGUUCGCACGAUGGAACUGUUGUGUUUUUGUAAGGGUGCAGGGGGAGGGGUGAAACAUAAUUGAUCGUCGCCGGUGAAGCGGCGUUGAGGGCCACGUCGUGUUUCCCGAAAGUUUUCGUCUCGAAUUUUCGGUUGCCAUUUCGCUAGUCAAACUAGCUUCCUCCUGGAAGAGGAGUGCUGCGUGUGUUGCUUGUUCAGGAUUAAACAGGGGAGGAAGAAGAUUUGGCGUGUUAGGGCAAGCCGUACGGAGUUGUUGCUGCUGAGGCUCUCGACUUGCCGUCUUGACAUAUUGUCGCCUCUCAGGUUGUGGUGUUUAUUUAUUGUCGUCGCUUUUUACUCGAGGGUGGGUUGAAGUUUGCAAAACUCGGGAGGCUUGGCGUCGGCGUUGAUGAAGCUACUCUGUGUGCGGUAAGCACGAAUGGGUUUACAACAGUCAGUAGUGGGCACAACGAGCUCGUGUUUGUUUGUUUGUUUGAGGUGUGAGAGCUACGUGGACGUA